AUGGCUUCUUCUUCUUCUUCUUCGUCGUCUUCAAUUGAUUUUUCAACUGCCAUUCUAAUAAGGGUUGAUCAAUCGGGUAAAGGAGAUUUCAAUAAGAUUCAAGAAGCAAUUGAAUCCAUCCCUCCCAAUCUUAACAACUCUCAACUUUAUUUCAUUUGGGUUAAGCCUGGAGUUUACAGGGAUUCAGCUUUUGGCAAAAUCGUCGAUAUUGCUGCGAAACCGGUAUUUUCCGGUCGCUUUGCUCGUUAUAUAAUGUCUAGACAGUUGAAAACGAAGAAGAAGCACGAGGCGUGGUUCCGCUUUGCUGGAAAACCGAUUCGGUUUUCGUUACGGGAAUUUGCGAUUGUCACCGGAUUGCCAUGCGGGCCGUUUCCACGGAGAUCAAAGAUGAAGUUAAAAGAAUCCAUAGCGGAGAAACCCUACUGGCCGGUGCUAUUUGGUAAGAGUGAAGUUGUAACGGUGGCUUCUGUGAUCAAGAUGCUUCGGAGGAGGACGGUAACUGAUACGAAAAUCCGUAUCAAAUAUGCUUGCCUGGCGAUUCUGUCCUCCGUUCUUCUUCCAACAAGCUUGAAGAUGAAGAUUUGUAGAGAGCAUGCAGAAGCAAUCGAAGAUCUUGGAGAAUUUUUUGCAUAUCCGUGGGGAAGACUUGCGUUUGACUUGCUUAUGGUUAGUAUACGAGAGCGGGACGUGGUGGCCUUGUCCCAGAGCAACAUCGCACUUAAAGGAUUUGUACUUGCUUUACAACUGGUCAUGGUUGAAGCUGUCCCUGCUCUUACUGAAGUUGUUCUGGAAAGCUGUUCCUCUUCGGAAGCUGAUAGUGAAGAUGAUGUUUUUAAUCCCAGUGAUAGAUUUGGGAAGAAACAAACUCUUAAUACUGCACAUGCACGUUUUGUAGACAAGACAGACAAUGUUAUGGUGCGCAGUUUAUUAUUGGAAGACCCUGAACGUCCAAUCGACCAAGCGACUCUAGUUUGGUCUGACGAAGAGCAUGAUGAAACCGUUGAAAACAUGAUUGAUCUUAUCAAUGUGAAUUAUCAAUUCAGUACUUCUCAUUUUGUUGGCGGAGUUAGCAGAAGUGAAGUUGAUCGUCUGCGAGAAGCUUCCUCAGUAUCUUCAAAGUCGAAGAAACCUAAGAAACCCGUUUCAGUUACUCAAUCCAAUGAUGCUGGUUAUAUCGCAGAUCUCGUCAUAGAACGAUUGAAGCCGCAGCUCCAAAAUUUCAAUAACAAGAUCGAACAGUUCUCUACAAGGGUCGACUUAAUCGAGGGUAAAGUAAUUGGAAAUGUCAAUUGUGUGUUGUCGAAAUUCAAAGACGAGAUAGGCAGAUCCGUAGAGGCAAUGGUUCCAGAUUUGUGCAAAAACUAUGCCGAAGUUCGUGGAGUCCCAGCAGCUCCCACUGUUGUUACAGGGAAUGGACAGGAUAUAUCUGCCCACCCAGACAAGCACGUUUUAGAUGGUAAUGCGAACACUAUCAUCAACAUCAUUCAGAACAUAAGUGAGUACUCUACACCGCCUUCUUCGCCGCAAAAUAUUCAGGUCGGUAAUAAAACUCCAUCUAUCGAAGGUGUUGCAAAACCCGGAUUUGCUACUCCUGAUCCAGCUACGGAUUGCGGUGCUAUGUCAGCCCAUAGUGAGAACCAUAGUAGGCACACUGACAACAUCAUUCCUUUGGAGGAUGUCAAUACGGUUCCGCCUCACUUCAUCGAGACACCUUCUUUCUCCCUAGGACUUACACAAGAGGAACAUAUCCGAUCUGCAGAACCUCUAACACGCCAAAAAGUAGCCGAUCUGACAACUCUGUCUGAUAUCAACGUUGGUGAUAACAUAGCGUACCCUCAAUCUUUGCGUAAAAGCAAGCGUCAGAAGACUUUGCCUCCAGCCCUUCUACAUGAUUACUUAUGUGGUCCUCAUAUCGACUCUCGAUUGCAUCAUCCACGGGAGUCGGUGUUUGUAUGCUACGAGAGAAGGGAGAUAGAGAGGAAAAUCAACGUUCUUUCAAGGAAACUUUCCGUAAAUGUUGUUAUCAACGUUGGUGGAUUAGUGGUUUCCUCAAAAGAAAUGCUUCUUAUGGCGGAGAGAUCACGACUAUACCCUGGAAAGGUUGUUGAUAUACUGAUUCGUCUUGUGCGAUGUGUGGUAUCACUGCCGACAUCUUUGGAAAGGAGUUAUUAUUUUCUGGAUACCAGAUUUGGUACUUCAAUUAUCAGGAACUACCAAAAGUUUUCGAAAACUAAGAAAAAGGAGUCCUUUAAGUUUUCCAAAGGAGUUUUGGACUUUUUUGGUGAAAGAGAUGCCUCACCGCGGUUGGGUAUACGUUACUACUUUCCACUGAAUUUAGGGAAAAAGCAUUGGAUUGGAGUAUGCUUUGACACAUCUAGGGGUAAACUCUAUGUUCUUGACUGCAAUGUGGCUUUAUUCAAUGAAACAUCGAUGGGUAGAUUUCUUUAUCCAUUCCUCCAGAUGUUGCCAUAUCUGGCAAGACAAUUUGGUAAAGAAAUGGGAACGCAAUGUGUUACGCCUUAUAAGUUUGAUAGAACAAAGUCAGUUUUCCAAAGUGAUAAUCCCGCAGACGCUGGCUUGAUCGCGGUGUUGUUAAUGGUUAGACAUGCUGUAUAUGGUUUCGAGGCGUGUAGGAAUUUAUCUCCGGAAACGGUUGCUGAUGAAGGAAAGAGUGCUGCUAUAAUGGCUUUGGAGUCGACAGAGAAGCUGUAG